GUUACUUCCUCAAAUCUAAAUCCUUGGCUGUUUUCCCCAAAUUCAGAGGGGGAGAGAAGAGUCAGUGAGGGAAUUGCGAGGGUUUUCUAUUAUUGGUAUUUUUUAUGGCGGAUUCUUCGGAGAGAAGGAGUGUCAGAUUCUGCAUUCGCAACCUCUGAUACAAGCUGUUCGCCAUCUUAUGCCAUCAUGGAAAACACCAGAAACCAAGAUAACGCAUUUGUGGAAUUUCAUAUGCAUCCUCAAGAUGAUGCAACAGAUUGUCGCGUGGCUACGGACAUCGAACCUUUCGUUGGUGAUGACAGUGUAAUGAUGGAAACUUUUGAAGGAGAUGCAGAUAUUGAACCAUAUGAGGGUAUGGUGUUUGAAUCCGAGGAUGCUGCGAGGAUAUUCUACAAUGCAUAUGCAAGGCGUGUUGGUUUCGGCAGCCGUAUUAGUAGGAACCGCCGUUCAAGGAAAGAUGGAAAGACCAUUGCUCGGAGAUUUGUUUGUUGCAAGGAGGGCUUUCGUGCAAAGAAACAUCAAAACAAAGAAAACAGAGUUAAGCGGCCUCGAGCGAUCACUAGGGAAGGCUGUCAAGCGAUGAUGAUGGUCAAGAAGACAGAGCUCGGGAAGUGGGUCGUUUCAAAGUUUACUAAGGACCAUAAUCACACACUGCUUAGUCCAAAUGAAGUUAUUUUCCUUCGAUCGCAUAGAAGUGCAUCCAAUCCUCCAAAUUGUCGUAUCAGAGUUUUUGAUGGAGCAAAAAUGGGUAUGAGUAAUACCAUGACAGCAUUCAAUCCCGAUUCCAGUGGAGUUAGCAAUAUCGGAUUCACUAGGCAAGAAUGUGGAAACCACAAUCAGAUUGGUCCGAAAAGGAGGCAGAACCUUGGAAGAGACACUGAGAAUGUCCUAGACUAUUUCAAACGUAAGAAAUCUGAGAAUGUUGCUUUCUUUUACGCAAUAGAAGUUUAUGAGGGUCGGUCCUCGUGCAGUAUGUUUUGGGCUGAUGCAAGGGCGAGGAUGGCUUGCCAUUACUUUGGUGAUGUGGUUUACAUUGACGUGACAUACAAGUCGAAUAGAUAUGGAAUGCCAUUCGUUGUAUUCACUGGAGUAAACAAUCACCAACAGUGUACGUCGUUUGGCUGUGCACUACUUCUAGAUGACACUGAAUCAUCAUUUGUUUGGCUAUUUCGGACAUGGCUUGGAGCAAUGUCCGGACGUUUCCCAGACACAAUUGUUACCGAUCAAGACCCAACAAUUGGUGAAGCAAUUGCUCAAGUAUUCCCAAACACCCGUCAUGCCUUUUGCAGGUGGCACAUCUUAAAUAAAGCCCCGAAACAGUUGUCUCAUGUAUACUAUGCACAUCCUGCUUUUCAAGCAGAACUCGAGAAAUGCUUUAACCUGACCGAGACAAUUGAAGAGUUUGAAUCUUGUUGGGGUUCACUUAUUACUAGAUAUGAACUGAGGGAAAAUGAAUGGAUCCAAUCGUUAUAUCUCACUCGCCAAAGAUGGGCCCCUGUGUAUUUGCGGGAAACAUUCUUUGCACCAGUGUCUGCAUCCCAGAGAAAUGAAUGUAUAAACUUAUCUUUUGAUGGGUACAUGAAUGAAAGCACCGCUUUGCAAGAGUUUGUUAUGCUCUAUGAGAGGACCUUGGACGGUUGGUAUGAAAAGGAACUUGAAGAGGAUGUUCUGACAGAGCAUGCCAAACCAGAUUUGAAAACAAGACUGCCCAUUGAAGAACAUGCGGCAGACAUUUAUACGAGGACAGUUUUCCUAAAAUUUCAAGAGGAAGUAUCUGAAAGCCUUGGUUAUGUUGCUGAUAAAUUCAAGGAGGACACAGCGAUGAAGACAUACAGGGUGGCGAAAUAUGAGGAGCAUCGGAAGGCACAUACUGUUACGUUCAAUGUGUCUGAAAAGAGAGCAAGUUGUAACUGUCAGAUGUUUGAGUUUUCGGGUAUUCUUUGUAGACAUGCAUUGAAGGUCCUCGAGAUGUCGAAUGUCACAGAGCUCCCUUCUCAUUAUAUCUUGGACCGCUGGACGAGAAAUGCCAAGAGUGUGGUUGUGUUGGAUGAAAGGGGCAUUGAAAUGCAAGCAAAUUGCCAAGAGUCUGAGAACUUGCGGUACAAUAAGUUAUGUAUGGAAGCCAUUAGAUGCGUGGAGGAAGGGGCAACCUCUGGAGAGAGUUACGAUGUGGCACUCUAUGCUCUAAGAGCGGCUUGGGAAAAAAUCGUUUCCUCAAAGGAGAGGUUAGCAAGAGCUGCUCAUAUUGGCACUACUGUGGUGAAUGGUGGUAGUCAUGCACCAGUGGUCAAUGGUGGCAGUCAUGCUCCGGUGAUAAAUAGUGGUACUCACCCCCUAGCGGUCCACAGUAGUAGUCACGGGGAUAUUAUAAGCGGACAAUGCGAAGUAGAUGAUACGACAAACCAUUUAACAUUAUGUGACCCUCACCAAUGGCACUCUUGGCAGCCCUAGUUCCAAUUCUAAUGGUUUUUGCAA